AUGGAUUUUAAGACAAUUAGAGAAAAAAAUAAAGGUAAAAUUGAAUAUGUUAAUGGAGAAAAAAUUUUUACUUCCAACACACAUAUGCAUCUUGAUAUACCCAAUUACGGAAAUUCUUGUGAGUAUAUUAACCGAAAUGCCCAAAUAAGACCAGAUGAUAUUUUUUUAAGUAUUAAAAGAGAUGGAGAGUAUAAAACUUGGAGCUUUAGUGAAUUUAAAACUGAUGUUUAUAAAUGUGCCAAAUCUCUUCUUACAUUGGGACUAACCAGUGGAUGUGGUGUUAAUAUAAACAGUUACAAUAAUCCAGAGUGGGUAAUUUCUUACUAUGGCGCUGCUAUUGCUAGAUUUGUUCCUAGUGGUAUCUACACAACCUCGUCCUCAUCCCAAUGCGAGUAUUUUUUAAGAUCCUCCAAAGGUGAAAUUGUAUUUGUUGAAGAUGAAGAAAGAUUAAAGAGAUACCUUGAAAUUAAAGACCAAAUACCUUAUUGUAAAACAAUAGUACUAAUGGAAUCUAUUUAUGACAGUGACGAAAUUUAUUCAAGUUCCCCCUUCAAAGUUUAUAAAUGGAAUGAUUUCUUAGAGCUUGGUACUGAUAUUAGUGAUGAAACUAUUGAUAAUAUAUGCUCCACAAUUAAACCUGAUGAUACCUUAACUUUGAUUUUUACUAGUGGUACAACUUCUUUGCCUAAAGCUUGUAUGAUUUCACACAAAAAUAUAGUUUCUUUAUCUAUAAGAUGUAUCAAUGUUGUCCUUGUUCCUGGAGAGAUAUUAAAUCAAGGUAAUGUUGUUAGUUAUCUACCAUUAAGUCAUAUUGCUGAACAAAUGUUCUCUUUAAUUUCCUGUAAUAUUUAUGGUAUUAAAGUAACUUUUGGUGAUAGAAAUGCUUUAAAGGGAUCGUUAAUAAAUACCUUGUUGGAUGUAAGACCAGAUUACUUUUUGGGUGUACCUAGAGUAUUUGAAAAAAUGCAAGCUAAAAUUCAAUCAGAAAUAACCCAAAUAACUGGUGCUAAAAGAUAUUUAAUCGACUGGGCCAUGAGAGUAGGUUUGGAUAACGCUAAAAGAAUGGAAAAAGGUGAGAAAACAACCCUAUCAUUCCAAAUUGCUAAUGCUUUGGUAUACAAAAAGAUUUUAAAGAGUAUCGGUUUAGAAAAUGUUAAAAGAAGUAUUUCGGGUGCUGCACCAAUUUCCAACAAUACCUUGGAGUUCUUUGCAAGCCUUAACAAUAGAGUUUAUAAUUGCUAUGGCUUAUCUGAAACCACUGGACCAUGUGUUAUGGGAAUACCAAUUCCUAAAUUAUCAAGUUGUGGUAGAGUUAUUGAUGGUCAAUCUAAGAUUGCUCAAGAUGGUGAAAUAUUAUUAAGAGGUGAUUUUAUAUUCAAAGGCUAUUUAAAUAAUCAAGAAGCAACCAAUGAGGUAAUAGAUUCGGAAGGAUGGUUCCACACCGGUGAUAUCGGUGAAAUGGAUGAUGAAGGUUUCCUCAUCAUUACUGACAGAAAAAAAGAAAUUAUUAUUACUGCUGGUGGUGAAAAUAUUUCACCAUCAUUGAUUGAGGGUAGUCUCCGUUUGAUACCGGGUGUUGAACAAGGUGUUGUUAUUGGUGAUAAACAAAAGUUCCUUGUUUGUUUGAUUACAGUUAAUCUAGAUUUCUUGAGAUUCUUAAAAGGCAAGAAAAGCUAUCCAUACAAGGUACCAGAAUCUUUAGAAGAAGCCUCAAAAGAUGAAGACCUUAAUAAAUAUAUUGAAGAAAACAUUAAAGUUAUUAACAAAGGUUUGGCACAAGUACAAACAAUUAAAAGAUUCAAAAUUUUACCAAACGAAUUUAUGGACGAAGGUGAAAAAUCUGAAUUGACAUCAACAAAGAAAUUAAAAAGAAAAAUUAUUUAUGAAAAAUACCAUAGCUAUAUUAAGGAGCUAUAUGGUGAUUUAUAUUUUGAAUAA